AUGUCCCAGCCAGUCAACAUACCAAAUAGUUUUUCCAAGUCGCGAGGGCUUUUGACAAACGCCUUUGACGAUUCUGAAACAGCAAAGCAGAAUGAGAGUAUUUCCGGCCAUCGCUACAAUCUCAGAGAUAUCAAUGGAAGAAAAAGCUCGUAUCGACGAGAUUCGCGGUUAGACGAGUCGGGCUUUAUCGAUGAAGAUACCUCAUUUUCGGCUCCCCCAGCGCCUUUACCGACGCACGUGCAUUUCACCGAGUCGGGCGCCGUUUUCAAUCAAGCUCAGGCGCCAGCUGCAGCACCUAUUCAGCCCGCUUUACUACCGCCCGGCGAGCAUUUCCGCAACUUUCAACCGUUACCUACACAAGCUUCCUACGCAUUCCCGCUUUAUUCCCCUUAUCCUGUCUUUCCGCAAAACCAUCUUCCAGUUUUUGGCCCUUCCAUUAGAUCUAUUCAAGAAAUCGUGAACCAAGAAAGUAUAAAGUGCGCAAAAUCAUGGUCCAAUGAAUAUUCGGCCAAAGAAUACUACAUGAAUCUUCUCCAGCAUGAGAAGGAGACUCACAGGCCGAAUAUCCUCCAAAUCCAGAUGGAAAUCACCGACCAAGACCGAUACAAACUCGUCGACUGGCUGAUCAAAGUCUGUUCUGGAAAUUUUUUUCAGUGCAUGCACAAAGAAGUGAUGUAUCUGUGCAUCGCAUUGGUCGAUACAGUUCUGAGCAAGGAGCCAGUGGCCAGAUCCGACUUCCAAUUGCUUGGAAUCACGUGCUUUUUGCUUGCUUCUAAGAAACUCCUCUACGAUCCGCCGGAAAUUAAGGAUCUUCUGCAUCUUUGCGAGUUCGUUUACAACGCAGAAGAACUCAAAAAAUACGAAAAGCAUAUUCUGGUGAUCCUCGACUGGCGAAUCGAGAUGCCGACCUCGCAUACAUUCCUCGACUUCCACAUCGGCUUUUUACUCGCCAAGAUCAACUUUCGGGCGGAGAACGCAAUGGAGAUUAUACGACAUCAAGCAGUUGCACGCUACUGCCUCAUGCACGGAUGCGUUUCGGUUGCGUUUAGUUCGCUUUCUCCAAGCAUGCGCUCUCGAUGUGCGUUGCAAGUAGCUGCAUCAAUGCUCGGUGCAAAAAUGCUGAUGCCUGAACUGAGCGAUGCUCAAGUCACGGCCAACUGCGAGAUUCUACAACUGACCCUAAUGCAGCACGCGCCUCACCAACUUCAAGUGCCACCAUCCGUUUUCAACGAUUUCUGCUAUUCCUGA